AAAAAGGCCACCACCAAUUCCACACCUCAAAACCCACUGCCUCCACUCUCCUCUCAUCUCAGCGGCAACUCUCGGAACCGUUUCUUCCCUUCCCCCGUACAGAAACUGACACCCCCUCCGAGCAGCCAUUAAAACUCCCCGGCCUACCCCUUUAUCAGCAAACAAAACUGCAGCGGAACCGUCCAACUCCGAACCAACUCCUCGCUCCAUUCAAUUCCCCUUCUUAUCUCUUUCUCUCUCUUCGCUUCUUUCUUUCUUUCUUCUUCUUCUUCUUCUUUUUUCUCACCCUCCCUGGAUGAUCCUCCGAUCCCCAUUUGACCUUCGGCUCUAAAAUCUCACCUACCCCUACCAAAACCCAUAAAAAUCAAAGAAGUUUCACCCAAACCCAAUUCCCUGCCCUGUCCUUUUCCCCUCUCGAGCUUCUCACUCCCCCAGCAUUUAGCUGGGAAAUCUUUCUUUCCCAUCGACGCGUUCUCUGGAAAAAUUCAAUGCGUUUUCCAAGAUCUUGAGACCUCUCCGCUUGCCAUGGAUCUCGAGGGCGGCAUCUACUCCAGUCCCUCCAAGAGGGAUUCGUGGAGGGCGGUGUUAACUUUGGCGUACCAGAGCCUGGGGGUGGUGUACGGGGACCUGAGCACGUCGCCGCUGUACGUGUACAAGAGCACCUUCGCGGAGGACAUCCAGCACUCGGAGACGAACGAGGAGAUCUACGGCGUGCUCUCCUUCGUCUUCUGGACCCUUACCCUCGUCCCGCUCCUCAAGUACGUCUUCAUCGUGCUCCGAGCCGAUGACAACGGCGAGGGCGGCACCUUCGCGCUCUACUCCCUCCUCUGCCGCCACGCCCGUGUCGGCUUCCUCCCUAACGGCCAGCUUGCCGACGAGGAGCUAUCCGCAUAUAAAAAAGGGGAGAGCAUCGGCGGCCGCGGGACGGUGGGCGGCGCGGCCGCGUCGAGGGUGAGGAGGAUGCUGGAGAAGCACCAGGUGCUGCAGCGGUGCUUGCUGGUGCUGGCGCUCAUAGGGACGUGCAUGGUCAUCGGGGACGGCGUCCUCACCCCUGCUAUUUCUGUUUUUUCGGCGGUUUCGGGGCUGGAGCUUUCAACGUCCAGAGAGCAGCAUAAAUAUGUGGAAGUUCCUGUUGCAUGUUUUGUACUGGUUUGCUUGUUUGCUCUGCAACAUUAUGGUACCCAUCGAGUGGGAUUUCUUUUUGCGCCAAUCGUCAUUACUUGGCUUCUAUGUAUCAGCAUGAUUGGUGUCUAUAACAUUUUCCAUUGGAACCCACAUGUUUAUCAAGCACUCUCUCCGUACUACAUGUACAAGUUCUUGAAAAAGACUCAAAGAGGAGGUUGGAUGUCCUUGGGUGGAAUCUUAUUAUGCAUUACAGGUUCUGAAGCUAUGUUUGCUGAUCUGGGACAUUUCUCACAGUUAUCGAUAAAAAUUGCUUUUACUUCUGUGGUUUAUCCAUCAUUGAUCCUCGCAUAUAUGGGACAGGCUGCAUAUCUAUCUAAACAUCAUAUUAUUCAAAGUGAUUAUCGAAUUGGAUUCUAUGUAUCCGUACCAGAGCGGAUAAGAUGGCCUGUUUUGGCAAUAGCUAUACUUGCAGCUGUUGUGGGAAGCCAAGCCAUUAUCACUGGCACGUUUUCCAUCAUCAAACAGUGCUCUGCUUUGGCCUGCUUUCCUAGAGUGAAGAUAAUUCACACAUCAUCUAAAGUACAUGGACAAAUAUACAUUCCAGAGAUUAACUGGAUCUUAAUGAUAUUGUGCUUGGCUGUUACUGUUGGUUUCAGAGACACAAAGCGCAUGGGUAAUGCAUCAGGAUUGGCAGUAAUAACCGUCAUGCUGGUCACCACCUGCUUGAUGUCCCUGGUGAUGGUCUUGUGUUGGCGUAAGAGCAUCUUUGUGGCUGUAUGUUUCUUACUCUUCUUUGGCACAAUCGAAGCUCUCUAUUUCUCGGCUUCUCUUAUCAAGUUCUUAGAAGGAGCUUGGGUACCUGUUGCCCUCUCCAUCAUUGUCAUGAUUAUCAUGUAUGUCUGGCACUAUGGCACCCUGAAGAAAUACGAGUUUGAUGUCCAAAAUAAGGUUUCCAUCAACUGGCUCCUCAGCCUCGGUCCUUCCCUUGGAAUUGUUCGCGUGAAAGGGAUUGGCCUCAUACAUACUGAGCUAGUAUCAGGAAUCCCGGCCAUCUUCUCCCAUUUCGUCACCAACCUACCUGCAUUCCACCAGGUCCUCGUCUUCCUCUGCAUCAAGUCAGUCCAAGUGCCACACGUCCGGCCGGAGGAGCGGUUCCUUGUGGGUCGAAUCGGCCCCAAGAAGCACAGGCUCUAUAGGUGCAUCGUCCGCUAUGGAUACCAUGAUCUCCACAAGGACGACUUGGAGUUCGAGACGGACUUGGUUUGCAGCAUAGCAGAGUUCAUAAGGUCAGGGGCUUCUGAAGCCAAUGGCAUAGCGGAAGAGCCUGAGAAGGAUGAAGAGAGAAUGGCUGUUGUUGGAGCUGGAGUCCGUUUUGGCGAGGUCGAUGCGGAGCCAGCGGAUGCGGCCGGCCCUUCAGAUUCUAGAGAGAUACAAUCGCCGGUGAUUGCGACGAGGAAAAAGGUGAGGUUUGUGCUGCCCGAGAGCCCGCAGAUGGAUGGCGGGGUGAGGGAGGAGCUUCAGGAUUUGAUGGAGGCAAGGGAAGCAGGGACGGCCUUCAUCCUUGGGCGUUCCUACGUCAGGGCAAAGAGUGGCUCAGGUUGGAUCAAGAGGCUGGCGAUCGAUCUAGGGUAUGAUUUUUUGAGCAGGAAUAGCAGGUGUCCGGCUUAUGCAGUUAGCAUCCCUCAUGCAUCAACUCUGGAGGUAGGGAUGAUUUAUCGUGUCUGAGUUUUUUGAUGAUACAGUUGUAUAUGUUCGUUUCUCAUGUAAAUUAUUGUACAAGUUCAGCCUCUCGUCACCUUGCGGUGUUUUCAAAUAGCAUUCGUGGGAAGCCACGUUCUUGCGGGUGAUGAAGGGGAAAAGCAUGAAAAAGAAGAAUUCAUGUCUGCAAAAAUUUUAACUUGUCUUGAAUUUAUGACAGAGAGAAUGUAAUUAAUCAGAUUAAACAAUCUGAUACACUAUUGAGGUUGAAAGAUACGGUAAGAAAAGCGGAUAAUGUGCUGAAGGCAUUGCUGAUCAUGGGAAACCUAA